GUCCUUUUCGCACAAGCAGCAUCUUAUGCAGUUUUGUCUAGACUUCGCAAUUUUAUUUUCGGUUAUUGAAUCAAUUAGAAAGACCCGACAGUGUAAAGCUCAUUUUCUAGUGUUUCAUUAGCACGCGAUCUAACAAAUCACUGAAAAUUCAGCGAUAGUAAAGUAUUACGUUAAUCUGAAAGCCAUCAAGUUCAAAUAAUUUGGAUAAAUUUAUUGGUGAAUCAACAGUCAUUUACAGAGAAACUGCACCUACCUUAGCGCGGUGUUGAUCGUUUUGUGUCGACUGGCAUUUGGCAUCUUCAAUCAACAGACAUACGAGGCCGCUUCGCGCGAGAGUACUUUUGUCCGGUUCGGUAAAGUGUGUUUUACGGCGUGAAUAGCAAUAUUUGAUUGUUUUCGGAGGCGUUUUGCGAUCACCAGCGCGGAGGUUUUCGAGUUAAAAUUUUAACUAUCUUAUCUCUGGCGGGUGCUCUAGUCUCUCGUCACGGAGGCGCACCGGUUUUCUUAGUGCGGCUUAAUGUCUAGUGGUGAAUUUCGUGACAGUUCCGCCGCCGAUCCCCCAGCCGCCAAAAAGCGGAAACUGCUUUCGUCGCCGUUGUCGACAUCCUCCACUGCAGCAAAAGCAGUAGUAGUCGAAAAGCAGCAGCAACAACACAAACUAGAAGAAGAAGACUCAGUAGCAGUUGUAAUGGCGACGGCAAACAACAAUGGAUCGGCACCGUUCGAAGGUUCUGCGGGCCAGGAUAUUGACGAGGGUCUGUAUUCGCGGCAGCUGUACGUGCUCGGGCACGAUGCGAUGCGUCGGAUGGCCCGUUCCGACGUGCUGAUCUCGGGCCUCGGCGGAUUAGGUGUGGAAAUCGCGAAAAACGUUAUUCUCGGUGGAGUGAAAUCUGUCACUUUGCAUGACAAAGCGCUUUGCUCGCUGGCGGAUCUCUCGUCGCAGUUCUACCUUUCGGAGGAUGAUAUCGGAAAGAACCGUGCCGAGGCAAGCUGUCGACAGUUGUCCGAGCUGAACAACUAUGUGCCUACCACAGCGUACACGGGAGAUCUCACCGAGGAGUUCCUCCGCAAAUUUCGUGUUGUGGUUCUCACGUUGACUUCCAACGCGGAGCAGCACAGGAUUGCGGAGAUUACCCAUCGGCAUAACAUUGCCCUUAUCACGGCGGACACCCGUGGCUUGUUUUCGCAAAUUUUCUGUGAUUUUGGACCGAAUUUCACAGUGUACGAUCCGACCGGAGCAAACCCAGGCUCCGCCAUGGUCGCAAGCAUCACCAAGGAUGUGGAAAGCAUUGUGACGUGUUUGGACGAAAAUCGCCACGGAUUUGAGGACGGAGAUUAUGUUACCUUCACAGAGGUGGAAGGUAUGAUCGAGCUCAAUGGAUGCAAUCCCAUCAAGAUCAAGGUUCUUGGCCCGUAUACUUUCAGCAUUGGGGACACCAGCAGCCUGAGUGACUAUGUUCGUGGUGGAAUCGUCACUCAGGUUAAGAUGCCCAAGCAGAUGGCAUUCAAAUCACUCACCGAGGCUGAAAACUCACCCGAAUUCAUCCUGUCGGACUUCUCUAAGUGGGAUCACCCACAGAACACUCAGAUCGCCUUCACCGUGCUCGGACGGUAUCUGGAGAAAAACGCUCGUUUACCACGUCCAUGGAAUGUGGAAGACGCUGCGGAAUUUGUUGAGCUAUGCAAGGAACGCGCCAAAGAACUCAAGCUGGAUGAUGUAAACGAAGGCAUGUUGUCUAAAUUCGCCAAGUUGUGCGCCGGAGAUAUUUGUCCGAUGAAUGGAACCGUUGGUGGCAUUACAGCGCAGGAAGUUAUGAAGGCUUGCACUGGUAAAUUUACACCCAUUUAUCAGUAUUUCUGCUUCGACGCUCUGGAGUGCUUGCAAGAGGGCGACUUGUCUGAAGAAGAAUGUCAGCCGAUUGGUUCUAGAUACGAUGGCCAAAUUGCUGUCUUUGGUCGUAAAUUCCAGGAAGUUCUCGGAAAAUUGAAAUACUUUAUCGUUGGCGCCGGUGCAAUCGGCUGCGAACUGCUGAAAAACUUUGCUAUGAUUGGUGUCGCUUCCAAAGAGGGCGGAGAAAUUAUUGUCACUGACAUGGAUCUGAUUGAGAAAAGUAAUUUGAAUAGGCAGUUUUUGUUCCGACCACAUGAUGUCCAACAGCCUAAGUCGGCUGUUGCCGCAAGGGCCGUCAAAGCCAUGAACGGGGACAUUAAUGUAACCUCUCACGAGAAUCGUGUCGGCGUCGAGACGGAAAAGAUUUACGACGAUACAUUUUUCGAGCGGCUGGAUGGUGUGGCCAACGCUUUGGACAAUAUCGAUGCUCGUAUAUACAUGGAUCGACGAUGUGUUUAUUAUAGGAAGCCGUUGCUCGAAUCGGGAACUCUUGGAACAAUGGGAAAUAUUCAGGUCGUUGUGCCGUUCCUCACGGAAUCAUACAGCUCAUCCCAAGACCCCCCGGAGAAAUCGAUCCCGAUUUGCACGUUGAAGAAUUUCCCUAACGCAAUUGAGCACACUCUCCAAUGGGCUCGCGAUAUGUUCGAGGGAAUCUUCAAGCAGUCGGCUGCCAACGCUGCCCAGUACAUAUCGGAUCCCACGUUUAUUGAGCGAACACUGAAACUACCCGGAGUGCAACCGUUGGAGGCGCUCGAGUCUGUUAAGACCGCCCUCAUCGACGAGCGACCCAAGAGCAUCGAAGACUGUAUCAAAUGGGCUCGAUUCCAUUUCCAGGAGCAGUAUUCUAAUCAGAUCCGCCAGCUGCUGUUCAAUUUUCCGCCAGAUCAGCAGACUUCGACCGGUCAACCAUUCUGGUCCGGCCCGAAACGAUGCCCUCAGGCAAUCACAUUCGAUGUGGAGAACACGCUGCAUCUCGAUUACAUAUUUGCGACGGCCAAUCUACGCGCUGCCGUGUAUGGCAUAAAGCAGCUGCGAGACCGCACAGCUGUUGCUCAGUUGGUUACACAGGUUCAGGUCCCAACAUUCGUGCCCAAGUCGGGUGUCAAGAUAGCUGUUACGGAUGCGGCUAUGCAAGCCGAAGCUAACGGUGCCAGCGGCGAGGAACUCGACCAGGAUCGCAUCACUCGACUCCAGAAGGAGCUGGCCUCCCUGGGUCGGCUGGAUUUCACCGUAACACCACUCGAGUUCGAGAAGGAUGAUGACAAUAAUCUGCACAUGGAUUUCAUCGUGGCGGCCUCGAAUUUGCGUGCAGCCAACUAUAAGAUUGCGCCAGCUGAUCGUCACAAGUCUAAGCUGAUUGCCGGAAAAAUUAUGCCCGCGAUCGCUACUACCACUUCGCUGGUAGCUGGCUGUGUUUCGCUCGAGCUGUACAAACUUGCUCAAGGAUUCAACACGCUGGAACGCUUCAAGAACGGUUUCCUCAACUUGGCGCUGCCUUUCUUCACCUUCUCGGAACCAAUCCAGGCUAAGAAACAGACCUACUACGACAAAGAUUGGACACUGUGGGAUCGCUUCGAGGUUCAGGGCGAGCUGACGCUAAAAGAAUUUUUGGAUUACUUCGAGCGCGAACACAAGCUGCAGAUUACGAUGCUCUCGCAGGGCGUUUGUAUGCUGUAUGCGUUCUUCAUGGCCAAGGACAAGAAGACGGAACGGCUGAGCCUGAGCAUGUCCGAAGUUGUGCGACGAGUCUCUAAAAAGAACAUCGAACCACAUGUUCGUGCGCUUGUGUUUGAAAUUUGCUGUAACGAUAUUGACGGCAAUGAUGUGGAAAUUCCCUAUGUGCGUUACAUACUACCCUAGAGUGAUUUUUAGAUUGACUAUCUAUCCUAGAGAAACAGACACACCCACACAACACCCUUUACACUCACACAUAUUUAUAAGAGAGCGUUUGUUACACUAACACUUCACCCUGCAUACCCAAGAGAUGUUUAGCGGAAACCGAAAACUGAAUAACAAUGAAAAUCGUUAUCGGCUUUCUUUUUGUAACAUUCGGAUAGGAAGGAAAAGUAUUCAAGUUGCUUUUAACCUUUUAUUUAUUGUCAUCGCGUCGUAAUAGUUUUUUUUCUUGGUCCUCCCAAUGAAACGCUCACGUAAAUUCCAAGCGUAAUCCGAGCCGAUAUCAGCUUAUACUUUAAAAAAAAUAGCGAGACAAGCACCUCUCCAUUCGUAAAAUUAUUUUGUGAAAUCCUUGUUUACGUUAUUUUUUCACUUAUGUCGCAACAUUCGUGUUCUCUUCAACAAACAUCUCGAUCAGCAUCCUGAAUGCAUACGUAUGUAUCUCAUCUUAGAACGUAACGCUGAAGGUAACAAAUAGUAAAGUAAUCGUCGUUCUUUUGUGAUUCCUGCAAUUCAGCCAUUUCUAUCGCAUUAACUGAAGGGAAAUUUAUGGAAGAGCGCAUUAACUUAAUCACGCGCCGCGAUCAGAGCGUUGUAUCGGCGGGUGCUAUAUAAUGAGUAAUAUUAAAACGGAACAGCAAAGUGAUUGUAUGUAAAGGAAAAGGCUUAGUGCGAAAGCCUUGAUGAAGAGGGCUGCUAAACUGUAAGAGACGAUUAAAUAAAUUCGCUAGAAAGAUAAAAAAAACUGAUGCAGAAAAAUAAACAAAACUUGCGCUGAAAAGUAAUUUCAAAUAUGUUGCUUAUUUAAAUUGAAGUGUUUCUAAUCGUAAUUGUCGUGUAACGAGAAAGUGCUAACAUUUGGGAAAAAUACACCCCUUAAUCAGAACAUCGGAUUAGCAUAUGUACUGUUGAGGUAUAUUUUGCCUCAAGCGAUAUAUUUUCAAUUUUGGGUCAGUCCAGCGUCCAGACAUGAAAUAUUUGUACAAUCGGAACGAACAGUAAUAAUGACAAUUAAAAACAAGCUGCAUGAUGAAAAAAAGGGGCUGCGGACGAUUAUAUCAAACGAUGGGUUAUUAAUUUUUACUGAACAAAGAGUAGUAAUUGAAGCUAUAGAAAAGCACGAAUAAAGAAUGAAAAGCAAACGAAGCAUUGUAUUUGAAAAUAAAUUAUGAUAAAGCAAUUGGAAAUUCACUGCAAAA